CAGUACGUCCGCGCCGACCGAACCGUCAUUGCGAACAAUGCCGAUCGAACGAACAAGCUGAUACGAACAAAAAAAAAACCUCCAGACAAAAACCCACAAAAAAAAAGAAAAGUAACACCCGUGCACGAUUUUCCGCGUAGCGAAAACCCGCCCGAAACACGAACACGCCGCGCAAACCGGCGGUGUGGUAGUCAGAAAAUGCCGCAGCGUCCGCGGGUGUAGUGCGACAUGCAACCCGCGGCAGCGCCAUCGGCCGACAAUGGGGCGACUUCGACGGGGGCCACGGGCACGGCGACCACCAGGAGUCACGUGAACGGCGGCCGGUUCGACUUCGACGACGGCGGCACCUACUGCGGCGGCUGGGAGGAGGGCAAGGCGCACGGCCACGGCGUCUGCACGGGGCCCAAGGGACAGGGCGCCUACUCGGGCUCCUGGCACUACGGCUUCGAGGUGUCCGGGGUCUAUACUUGGCCCAGCGGAAGUUGCUUCGAGGGCCAAUGGCAGAACGGCAAACGACACGGCCUGGGGGUGGAAACCCGCGGCAGGUGGAUAUACAGGGGUGAGUGGACGCAGGGCUUCAAGGGCCGCUACGGGGUCAGGCAAUCCAACACUUCCACCGCCAAAUACGAGGGCACCUGGGCCAAUGGGCUCCAAGACGGCUACGGAUCGGAAACCUACGCUGAUGAUGGGACGUACCAGGGUCAGUGGAUGCGGGGCAUGCGGCACGGCUACGGCAUCCGCAAGAGCGCCCCCUUCGGCAAGGCGUCGAAGUACAGGGCGAACAAGACGCUGCGGGCGUCGCUGACGUCGCUGCGCAGCAACGAGGGCCCCCAGGGGGGCCCGAACACCGAGCUGACGGACAAGCGCGACCGCAGGGUGGACGAUUCCAGGGGCGGGUUCGUGCUGAAGAUGAGCAGCGCCGAGCCGACGGCGCGGCGGCGCUCCUUGGGCAGCGGCAACGUGAAGAAGGGGCUGUUUACGGGGUUGAAGUUGAAGAAGCAGAGGAGUACGGGGGAUUUGGAGAAGAGGGGCGGUUCGGGGAGCAUCAGGUCGACGGGGUCUUCGGCUUCUUGGGUUAGUACUGAUUCGGCGCAAUCCGCCAUGACGAAUGCUUCCAUACCGUCGGAUUCCAACGCUAGUUUUGUCAUAGAGGACGAGACGAUGGACCCCAGCGUGGUGGAGACCUACAUGGGCGAAUGGAAGAACGACAAACGUUCCGGCUACGGCAUCAGCGAGCGCUCCGACGGUCUGAAGUACGAAGGCGAAUGGUACAACAACAAGAAGUACGGCUACGGCGUGACGACGUUCAGCAACGGCGAAAAGGAAGAGGGCAAGUACAAGAACAACGUGCUGAUCACCAGCCAAAAGAAGAAGCUGUUCCUGAUGCGCAGCGCCAAGUUCCGCGAGCGCAUCGACGCGGCGGUGAACGCCGCCCAGCGGGCGUCGAAGAUCGCCCUGCAGAAGUCCGACAUCGCCAUCAACAGGACGGCGACGGCGCGCGGCAAGGCCGAGCAGGCCGACAUCGCGGCGGCCCACGCCAAAGAGGACUCCGACAUCGCCGAGAACGUGGCCAAGCAGUACGCGCCCGACUUCAAGCAGCCCGGCCUCGAGCGGCUGAAGGCCAGGCAGAACAAGUUCAGGGAGAUGCAGCUGCAGCAACAGCAACAACAGAAACAAAGCCUCGAUGCGGACCAGAACGCCAACGUCAACAGCGUCAAUGCGAAGUCGCCCAAUCAGAUGCCCAAUCAAGUGCCGAACGCCAAGAGCGGCUGGGCGAAUGCGAACCAAAUCUCGCAGAACAAUCCGUAUCCAUCCUCGCAGUAUAACGACGUUAGCAGUAAACCGAACAAUCCGUAUAAAAAUCCUGCUGCGGGAUUCAACGAUGUAUCGUCCGGCGGGCACAAUCCCGACAACGUGACGCAGGAUAUCGGCUUCAAAACGACCAAUCCGGACAUCGGUUUCAAAAUGCCUAAUUCAGACAUCGGCUUCAAGCCGUCUAUGUCGCCUAGAAAUUCGAUACCCAUCGACGACAGCAUGCAGGCCAGCGCGCUGCGCAGAAUGAGCCGGAGAGUCUCCGGCGACAGACCCUACUUGGGUAACAUUGGACAACAAAGUUCCAUAGACCACUUCGACCACUACAAGAGGCCGCCCAGCAGAGAUUCCAGCGUUGACAGAUAUUCCAGGGCGACGGGUCGACUGAGCAACGCGAUGGGCUCCCGGCAACCCUCCGUCGAUCGAACGUCGGGGAACCAUCGGACGGGGGAAACGCCCGAUCGGACGUUACGAGCGCCUUCUAUCACCAGGGGAUCCACCCCGGCGCCCGCUAAUCCGGGCAAUCCCGCCCAGAAGAACGGCUCCGUCAUGACGGGCAGCGCCGCCAAGAUGAGCGCCAAUACAGCAAACAGUACUUCAGCGGUGCCUCCGUUCGAGGAUAUCAUAAUGAGGAAGAGGGGGCUCGGGCAGGACAUCGUGCCGUCUCCCAAUCAGCCGAAGAGGACGGAAAGUUUGUUUAUACCGGGACAACAGGCCGGUCAAGCCGGCGCCGGAGGCGGUGGCAAAAUUAAUUCCCCGCAGAACCUGGUGACGCAGACGUCGCUGCAGCGGAAAAAGUCGCUGCCCGACUUCCAGGACCUGCCGAGGAAGACGGGGCCGAUGUCCAGAGAGGAGGUGUCCUACUUGGGUUCGGCGCGCCGCGAGGAGAUCCGCCGGCAGCAGGACGAGCACGAGCGGCUGCGGGCCAAUCCCCUGCUUUACCUAGUCAGUCCCCAAGUCAAGGACUGGUUUUCGCGCCAGCAACUGGUCCUUGUAGUCCUGUUCAUCAACAUCUCGCUGGCCAUAAUGUUCUUCAAGCUGUUGACAUAGUAUAGGCUGAGCGUCGAUGGACGCAACUGGACACCGGGCUAGAGGAAGGACGCGGGGAUUUUAAGGAAUCGAAGGACGAUAUAUCGUUUGUACGGCACGGGAUUCGGCCGCGGAUCCGCCCGGAUCCGGGCCCUAUUGGUCAGUCCACGCGGAUCCGGGAAUUGGGAAUGCUGUGCUUGUUUUUGGGGACAUUUUCGCUGUUGGAUUUUUUGUCAAAUUUUAUGGAAGCGUUUGCGGCGGCGCCGUUUUUCCGCUGCGCGAGGCCUCCGAGAACACCCCGUACAUUGUUUCAGCAUUUAUUAACGUACGACUACUUACUGUAAAUAAAAUUUUUCUAAUGCUAUGUACUUAACGAUAAUUUUUAAUUCGAAAUUCGUAGCCGACUUUUGUACAGCGGAAAAACGGAGCCGCUAUUUUAUCUAAAUAAUUUAUUAAUUAUUAUUAUAGGUACUUGACUUGUUAUCUAUAAGAUUUAAAAGCAAAAUAUAUUUUAGUUUCUAGCUUAUAUACAUAUAUUUAUAUUUAGACUUGUUAGUCUAUUCUUGUUAUAUCUUGUGGUCGCUUUUCGGUUUGCUGGAGUUCGAUUUAUUAUACAAAAAAUAGUUAAAUUUCUGCGGGGAUUCCGGCGAAUCGAAAGGCGGUCGAAAUAUUUGACAACUCUUGCAAAACCGUCGGAUUCAGCAAGGAGAAUUUCAUGAAAUUGGUCGCACAAAUAUCUAAUAAAAAAUUAGAUUGUACAGAUUUUAUAUAAAAAAAGUAACUAUUUAGGGAACAUAUCUUAUAGAUUUUCUUUCCGGUUUUACUACGAGCGAAACGCUGGGUAAAAUGUUCUCGUCAUUAGACAAAUAUUUUUGUAUUCUAAAUUCUAGCGAAGAGGUUUUAGAAUUUUUCCUGUAAUCGUGUAUACAAAUGGAACAUUUUUUGCUAAUGUAUUUGUAA